AUGAAACUGCCUUUGACGGCUCUUCUGCCAGCUUUUGCGGCCGCAGUAUCAUCCUCGCCUUCUGUCACAAUUGAUGCUGGCACAGUUCAAGGUGGAAGAUGUAAAGAUGGUCAAAAUGCAGUAUUUUACAAGGCAAUCCCCUUCGCUGAGCCACCUAUCAAAGCACUACGCUUCGAACCCCCAAAAGCCUACACGAAGAAAUUCUCUCACGGCAAAUUGAAUGCAAUUACUUCGGCCCCAACCUGCAUUCAAUUCUCGGAUGACUUUACCCCGCAAAAGCUGAAUACAUCUGCACUUUCAUCUGAAGACUGUCUUUACUUGGACAUUUGGGCACCGUCCAAUGCCACCAAGGACUCGAAGCUCCCAGUCAAGGUUUGGGUCUACGGUGGCUCGGAAACAGAGGGCUCUAUCUCGGAUCCUUUAUAUGAUGGCUGCAACACUGCAGAGGCAGGUUCAAUUCUUGUCUCAAUCAACUAUAGAAUUGGUCCUCUUGGAUUUAUGGCCCUUGAGACUGCCGGGAUCCACGGUAACCAGGGAAUUCAAGACCUCCUUGUGGGACUAGAGUGGGUUCGCGACAAUAUCGCGGCCUUUAGUGGAGACCCGAAAAAGGUACUUCUAUUCGGCCAAUCAGCCGGUGCUGAGAAUGUAUACAUCAUCGGUUCUCUUCCCCAAGCGCCUUCUUUGAUCAAGAGUAUCAUCUCGGAAUCGGGGGGUGGGAGGAGGCUAGUUUCAAAUUCAACCCAGCAAAAGGUGGGCGCAUCAUUCGCUCAAACUCUAAAAUGUAGCUCUAGUGACAAAGCGUGUCUUCAGUCUAAGACGGUUUCCGACUUAUUUACCGCGUAUCCAGCGGAUACUUUCUUAACCCAGGGGAUUGGAUACUACGGGGGUGGAUCUCUCAGUGUCCUGAGUCAGGGGACUCAUAAUUUUUAUCCCUAUGUUGACGGAGAUGUCAUCGAUGAAGACCCCUAUACUCGCGGAGUACAAGUCCCAGCUAUCUUUGGAUCCAAUUCCAAUGAGGCCAUCGUUUAUACUUUACAAUGGGCCGCCAAAUACCAGCAAAAUCCAACGACAUCAGUAUACAAAGAGUUCCUUCGCAGCAAUUUCGGCAAUGCCGCCUCACUUGUUGGAAAAGUCUAUUCGCCAUCAUUAUUCGAAUCGGAGGCCAAAGCCAUCAUCGCAGCUUCCAGUCAGUUUGCUCGGCUUGGCUACAACACAACCUCGCUCGAAAUACUUUUGGCUAUGACACAGAUCAUAACCGAUUCCAGUUAUAGAUGCUCGGCAUGGUACGGUGCAGCACAGGCCGCUCGCAAUAAUAUUGCCGCAUGGACAUACACAUUUUCGCACAGUCCUACAUGUCCAUGGCUGUUCGCAAUUGAUAAUAGUAAUGUCGGUUUGUUCGGUGGCGCUCACAGUGCUGAAAUUCCCUUUGUGUUCGGUAAUUUGGACAAUUCAUAUCUUCCCAAUGGGACUUGCAAUUCUACAUCGGCUGAAUGGCAUCUCGGCGACCAGAUGAUGGACUUGUGGACUGCAAUGGCAGAAAAUGCUGAGCCAUCAACUGAGGAGAUUAAAUGGCCGCAAUUCCAGACCCAAGGGAGGAAUCUUUCUACUACCGGCUUGAUCUUUGAAAAUUCAACUGUGACUGGUACAAUCGACUACACCGGAUGUGAUCUAUGGGUCCAAGUCAAUGCGAUGCUGUUAGCAAGCAACGCCACAGCCACGGGGACAUCCACAAAGGCCAACGGCGAUCCUACUUUCUCGCCGUCCUCCAUUCCAAGUAAUGGGGCAACGACCCUUCUGUCGAAAACUGAGGGCUACCUUGUGUUCAGUGUGCUGUUCCUGGGAUUGGCUGCAUUUUAA